AUGCCUGAACUUGAGGAAGUAAGCUACUCACGCGAGGAGUGCAUAGCGGCAAUUCGUGAUUAUUACACCUUCCUUACCAAGAUGUAUCUCAAAGAAGAAGAUGUGCUGCACUCUCCAGAGGGUGGCUGGCCUUCUAUCACGCCGGAAACCAUGGCAGGGCUCGACAAAUCGGACGAGGUUAUCUCCCUUCUCCGUCACCUGCCCUACCUACGCAGACGUUACGACGAGAAUGAUCCACAAGGAGCUGCAUACUGCUGUUUUGCGAAUUGGCAAACGGACUGCUACUUUGUGGAGCACGGGCAGGCAACGAAUGAAGAGUUUAAACUUGUGACAGAGGGCGCCGAUAUCUACGAAGACGUCCCUCCCCACGUCAUCAGCCUCACGUCAGGCGGCCUCAACUGCCCCUCCUUUCUGCUCGACACGGAACUAGGCAUCGUGUAUUGGCGCGAUUGCCCAGGAGAGAUCCGUACAAAGGCCACACACGAGCAAGUCUGGGACGACCCCUAUGAAUGGGCGCCAGAGAAUGAGGCGGAAUGGCGUGGUGACGCCGCCCACUGGGCCGUGAAAGAUUCCUUCGAGACUCUCAAGGACCAGUUCAUCACAUUGAGCUUCAUCCCGACAGAUUCAGAAACCGUUCGCGACAUAUACACCGUGGCUGUACGCAAUCUACCCUGUGACGGCUGGAUAGAAAGGGUGCAGGCCAUAUAUCGCAAUCACGGCUGGCCUGACCUGGAGAAAUUUCGCAAGGAAGAGUGCUUGAAGGUUAUAAAGACAGCACUUAGAGAAGAGUUCCCGCAGCUCUAG